AUGGCAUCGCUCGGGCUUGCAAGAUCUGCGUUGCAGGAUCUCGCUGCUGCAGACCAGUCUUCAGCCCAGUUGCAAGCCUUGAAAAGAAUCAAAUAUGACCUGACGGGGCACGUCUCGCGCAAGGUCGAAUACAUCCAGAAUGGCCUCAUUCCCCAGCUCGCGACGAUUUUGGCCGAUGCAGCUGCUCAGCCGGCCACUCUGAAUGCAGGCGACGCACAUUCCGAAGAGGUGGAGUUGGUGACUACCCAGGCUGCCCAGAUCCUUUGUGUCAUUGCCCACGAGGGACCCUCUUUUGUACAACCAUUACUUGAAACCGAUGCCUUGCAAAGACUGGUGUCAUUCCUUCCUCGACGACUCGCCCCAAGAACCCUUCUUGCGAUCCUCAAGUGUCUCAAUGCCGUCGCUGAUAACCUGCCUCCCGCGUCCCUGGGUAAUUGGCCGCAAAGUUCGAAACUUGCCGAUCUGCUGUAUUCAAAGAGAUAUAUACAAUGCUUUGGAAACAUAAUUGGAGGUGCCAAUCUCACCCUGACGUCCCAACAGGCCUGUGAUGCUGUUCUGGCUCUUCUGUGCAAGACCUUGACGCUGGAGGCGCAGAAACGGGCGUUGAGCGAAACUGGCGUCUUGACCUUGCUUUCGUCCCGGUUGGCAUCAUUUGUGGUCGCAGAAGGGCUCGUUCCCCCUCGCUUAGAGCUUUUGGAUGGCGAUGGCAGUAUUCCGACUGGUCUCCCCGAGCCAGCGCCACCGACUGCACACCUUUCUCCGGUUUUGGAGGCGCUAUGUGUGUUGAUAGAGGGCUCCAAAGCACGAACGAAGGCUUUUUUGACUGAUCCUACUAUGAGGACUGUGCUCCCCGACCUUAGGGACGACUUCUCACCCUCGGAUAUUCGACGCGCGCCAUGGGGAGCCAGCUAUUUUUCUGGCGCUGCAGUCCCACGCUCACGCUUACAUGGGCCUUUCGAUUCCCUUCUCCCUGUUGCACCAAUAUCUGAAAAGACCAACGCUGCUCAGCCCGGCUUCCCUCCACUAAGCUCGGUCACGGCUAUGCCCAAACGCCGACCAUCCUUUCUCCCAACGACGACGGGGGUGCCAAACCUGAAUCUGAAUCAAGACACUGUCGAGGAUGUUGAUGAGAGCGCGAUCGUCUCGUGGCUGUUAUAUGUCGUACGAGAGUCGCGUGGAAGACGCCGUCUUCUAGCCGCGAGAUUACUCGUCAAUCUUCACAGCCUACACUUCGUUAAGAAGGACCGUGGUUCAUCUUUUGCGUCCUUGUUGGUUCCGCUCAUAACGCGGAUGCUGGACCCAGAUCUGGCGCAAUUUGACGCAUCGUAUCAACCCAGCAGAAUGCACCUAUGUUCUGGCAUGCAUUGCACACAAGCCGUCCCUGCAGUACUAGCUGCGCUUAUCAUGGACGAUCCCGAGAUGCAGAAAGUGGCUGUCGAAGGCAAAGCCAUUGUUAAUCUGUCCAUUGGUCUGAAAUCGAGCUUUGAAGGGCCGGCGAGUCGCAAAUUAUCGCCCUGGCGUCCACACAAACCGGACAAGGUGGAGACUGAAACAGCAACGCUUGGUAGAAGCAUUGGUCCUGGUGGGCCAACAUGGGCAGCCAGAAAGGAGAUGCAAUAUCGAGAAGGAUGUCUGAAAGCGCUGGCAGCUCUGGCACCAUUCGAGGAGGACUACCGCGAACGAAUCUGCAACGAGGGUGUUUUGCCAUAUAUCAUUCAGGCCUUGGAACCUUAUGAGGCUCAAGUUGGGGCAAACCAGGAGAUCGAGAUGACAGGAAAUUCCGCGUCCGUGAUAUUGGCGGCGUGCGCAGCUGUAAGAGCUUUGGGAAGAUCGGUUCGGGCACUACGCACGAAGCUCAUCGAGGCAGAGGUCGCCAAACCGAUCCUGAAGCUGAUGAAUUCGACGAAUCCGGAGCUGAGGAUUGCGGCCACCAAGGUUCUGACCAACUUAGCUAUGGACUUCAGUGCGGUCAAAGAGAGCGUUGGGGAAUCAACAGUGGUGAAGAAAUUGUGCGAGCAGGCCCAUUCGGCCAGUGUUCGGCUUCGGCAUGAAUCACUAUGGGCACUCAAACAGCUUGUGCUCAACGCCAGCAAGAAGCUCAAGCAGGAAGUCGUGGACGAGUUGGGAUGUAGCUGGAUCAAGCUUCUAAUCAAGACGGACCCCAUCGAUAUACCGGAGGGCGAGGUGAUUGGACUUGUGGAGAGAGACUACCCUCAAAUCACCACAUACAGACGUUCUGCUGCCUCAGCAGACAAUCCCCCAGACGUUGUCAUGGGCGAGGAUCCAGCGCAGGGUGGCGACAACGAGGAAGACACAAGCGGAGUCCCCGAGACGACAGCCGAGCAUACGGGUGGAUUUGACACCAAGCACAGCGUGGACGAUGACAUUCAGAUUCAAGCACAACUACUAGAUCUCCUUCGAAACCUUUUCUGUGGCGAGAAUGCUUCUGACCUGGUUAGAUAUGUCAUAGAUGAAAUGGGACAGGACGACUUUUUCCGGAUAAUGCUCGAUCGAUUACGGCCACGGACACUCGCUGGACCUACACGGAAGGAGAAUUACACGACACCACCACCCAACACGAUUGUCGUCAAGGUUUUAUUUGUCUUGGUGCACAUCGCUGCCUGUGACCCAAAGUGGCGGAAUGUGAUAGCCUCACAACACGCGCUGCUCAAGCAGAUCCUGACCUUCUGCAACCACGCAGACCGAGAGAUCCGGUCGACUUGCUGUUGGAUCGCCAUCAACUUGACGUACGAGGACGACGCCAACGAUCGAGCGGGGUGCAGGCACCGAGCUAUCGAGUUGCAAAAGGUCGGCUUCGUCUCGCACCUGAGAAAGAUGGAGACGGACCUUGACUUGGACGUGCGAGAGCGUGCAAAGACGGCGCUGCAUCUGAUGAGGAACCUGAAGUUGUUAGCAUAG